ACGAAAGAAGAUGAUCCCUCGGCAAUAUAUAUCACCGCACGUAAACCCGUGCUAGAUGUUGGCUCCUCGCGAGCGCUCUCUCUCGCAAAGACGUACAUCACCCAGUGCAGCGAGGCCCACAAAGCCUGUGAAGCGCUCUCGAUGUCCUUCGACCAAUCCCUCCCCACGCGUCUUAUCGACUACAGUAAUCCGGAUGCCCCCCGUCUAGUCUUGACGGGUGGCCAGCGCGGCAGGUACCUUGCCCUCAGCUACGUGUGGGGCGAGGAACAAAAACACAGCACUACGACACUCAACGAGUCCACCUACUGCGCCGAUGGAAUCGACAGCUCUCUUCUCCCGCAGACCAUCGUCGACGCUAUACGCGUCACAUACGCGCUUGGGGUCAAGUUCCUGUGGGUCGAUAGCCUGUGCAUCAUUCAAGAUUCGUACCAGAACCAGCGGCACGAGUUAGGAAAGAUGCACAUCAUCUACCGCAAUGCCUACCUCACCAUCAUCGCUGCCAGCGCGUGGAAAGUCAGCGACGGCUUCCUCCACGAUCGGCCGCCGGCACCUGCCCUCAGCCUUCCUUUCAUCUGCCCCGCUCCGUCACCCCCGUGCAGCAACGACCCGGGGGCGUGCGCUACAACACCGCAGGUGGGCACGAUACACAUCGCCACAACGCGGUACAGCCACGCCCAGGAGCCUAUCAGCGCGCGGGGGUGGUGCCUGCAAGAGUACCUGCUGUCCCCGCGCGCACUCAUCUUCACCUCCGAGACGCUGCAACUCAGGUGUCAAACCGAGACGCGGAGCAUCGGCGAGGCGUUCUACUGCCUGCACGGCGAGCGACGGCUGCCCAUCCUGCUCCUUCUCCCGGAUCCUCCAACUCUGCAAUACGGCACCGCCCAGUGGGGCGUCGCCCACGACGAGUGGCUACGCGUGGUAGAGGACUACAGCAAACGCAGCAUCAGCGACCCGCUCGACAAGCUAGUCGCGUGCGGCGCGAUCGCGCCGGGCUUCCAGCGCGUGCUCGGCGCGGAGUAUCUCGCGGGUGUUUGGCGCGACACGCUGCUCGUCGACCUCCUGUGGCGCAAAGCGGAGGACAAGGACGCGCAGCUCUCGCGCCCCGCGCUAUACCGCGCGCCGUCGUGGUCGUGGGCAGCUGUUGAAGGACCUGUCCGCAUGGUGGGCAGCGUGUGGCCGAGGGCGAACUCGCGGCCGUGGGGGGCGCGUGAUCACGCGCAGGUGGUUCGGUGCAACAUCGUACUCGAGGACACCACGCUUCCCUUCGGAAAGGUUACGGGUGGAUCCCUCGUCCUCCGCACGGCCUUGAUGACCUGCGUGUUGCGCCCUGAUGGGCUUUACCGCGCUGAACGGCCGGUUUCGUCUGGGAUGCAGACGCCGCAUGGGCUUGUUGGGGGCUCAGAUCAGGAGGGCAACGUCUUGGAGAGGUUGGGGAAAGUGUACGUCGACAUUGAGGCUGAUGCGGGGAUCCAGAGCACACUGUGGGCUGUCUUGCUUUCAUGUGACGCUUCGGACCCGUUCAAGAGCCCAGAGGGUCUCCUGGUUACAACCGUUCAGACGGAGGGCCCCAACCCUGAUGCAGAGCCGGGGACAAAGAGGGGUACGCCAGUCUGUCGGAGGGUAGGGACCUUUCGCAUGGAUAGGUGGGAUGCGUUUCGCGAUGUGCUAUGGGAAGAGAUCGAGCUAGUAUGA